AUGGCUUCCAAGUUUCUUAGAGAAUACAAGCUGGUCGUAGUUGGUGGUGGUGGCGUCGGUAAAAUCUUGCUUGACCAUCCCAAUUCCUACCGCAAGCAGUGCGUCAUCGAUGAGGAGGUCGCGCUCCUCGACGUUCUUGACACGGCUGGCCAGGAGGAAUACUCUGCCAUGCGGGAGCAGUACAUGCGCACGGGCGAGGGCUUCCUGCUGGUUUACUCCAUCACCUCGAGGCAGAGCUUUGAGGAAAUCACGACAUUCCAGCAACAGAUCCUGCGCGUGAAGGACAAGGACUACUUUCCCAUGGUCGUUGUUGGCAACAAGUGCGAUCUCGAAGGCGAGCGCGAAGUCACGAGGCAGGAGGGCGAGGCACUCGCCAAGUCGUUCGGCUGCAAGUUCAUCGAGACAUCGGCAAAGUCCCGGAUCAAUGUCGACAAGGCGUUCUACGACAUUGUGCGCGAGAUUCGACGAUACAACCGCGAGAUGCAGGGAUACUCAACCGGCAGUGGUGGCAACUCUGGCACCAACGGGCCGCCGAAGCCCAUGGACAUGGACAAUGGCGAACAAGAGGCAGGCUGCUGCGCGAAGUGCGUGCUAAUGUAA